GGAGCCGUUUGAAGAAUCGGUCGUCAUUUUAUGACAAUUUAUUUAGAAGGUGUUUCCGUUUUUGUAUACGUUAAAUAACCUGGAGGAUGAUGGAUUGGUCCAGACCCUUCUCUUAAGAAGGCAUUCUUUAGCAUAUCUGAAUAUUGUGGAAAAUUGUGUAAGCUGGCCGAAUGACCUUAUGCAGUCGUGCCCACUAGAAGUAAAGAAAAAGAAAGAAACCGGUAAACUUGUUAAAAAAUGAUCUAUGCUCCUAACCUUACUGUUGUAAAUAUAUACUUGAAAAACAUUACUUUAAAAUAUGCAGAACACUAAAACCCCCGUUAUGGUACUACAAGAGUUAGCAACAAAGAAAGGCUUUGCACCGCCUGAUUAUAAAAUCGUGAGAAGUAUAUCUGGAACCCACUUGAACCGGUUCGAUUUUGUAGUGUCUGUAGGGGGUAUAGAGGCUGAAGGAAGCGGAUCUUCGAAACAAAUCGGUAAGCACGAAGCUGCCCACAACGCUUUGAUGCAAUUGAAAGAAAUGGGUGUAUACAAUCCCGCUAAUAAUCCGGUAACCACAUUUAAGGCUGCUUUAGAGAACACAGAUAGCUCUUUCAAGUCUACUAUUAAUUGUAUUGAAAUUGUUGGUGUAAAUAAUACUGGGGAACCAGAAAUGAAAAAAAUACGUUUUAUGAGUAUCCCAGAAAAACAACCAAUAGUAAAUUUGCAAAACCUUUGUGUUGAAAACAAGGCGCCUCCUCCCGUAUUCACCGAAAUUUCUUGUGUCGGUCCUCCCCAUGCGAGGGAAUUUACCUACGAAUGUAGAAUCGCGUCCUUGACCGCACAAGCUAAAGGCAACAGUAAAAAAAUGGCCAAACAGUUGGUGGCCAAAGAAAUGCUGGAGAUGGUGACAAGCGUUCUACCAGAACUGACAACACAAGUAGAAGAUAUCCGCAACGCCCUCACUGAGCAAGACUCUAAAGCGAUUAUUAAAUACAAUGAGAUUCGUGCUGUCAUUCCCGAUAAAACUGUAAAAGUCAGCUGCAUGUCUCACACUUUAAAAAAAUUGAUGAUACAAAGAAACCUCACCUACAAGGAUGAUUUUGAAAGGUAUUUCGAAGAUGUUUCGGAAGAAAACCUUCGGCAGAUUCUCGAAAAACUGGAAUUAGAAUACCAAACAUCGAUAAUUCAGGAGAACCCGCCAAUGGUUUCACUGGAUAUCAAUAUUGACACCACUUUUGUCCUCAUAGCCUACGGGAGCACGCUGGCGGAAGCACGACAACGGCUGCUCAAACAGACAUUCGAAACAAUCCAGUGCUUUAUGCAAAUUGAUGUGAAACGCGAAGUAAUUUAGUCAUUAUACUUAGUUUUUUGUUACUAAUGCUGGAGUUGGCAUAUGUUUUGUUUUUCAUUAUAAUUACUUUAUUAUUA